AUGCAAACAUUCCUUUCUACUCCAACUUUCAAUAAACAAUAUAUAUAUAAAAAUCCUCAAAAUACUUAUCAUAAAUUUACUAAUGCAUUCGCAUAUUAUAAGAUGGCUUCCUUGGGCUCUCCAUCUCUUGAUAAAAAAGUCUUAUGUGAAGAAUGCAACAAUGAAUGGGAUUUAGCUAAAAAACUCUCAAAAGAAGAAAUUGAGGAUAAAAUAUGUGGAUAUCUAAAUACCCCAGAAGCAUCCACCAAAAAAAAAGAGUUGGAAAAGGAAUUGGAUGAGUUACAAUCUAUGGCAAGGAUUACUACUAAUCUUGAGUAUCAUAGAAGAUUUUCUUCCCAAAUUUCUGAUAUAAAAGAAAGCAUUAGAGCUCAAGAUAUUCGACACUGUUGUACCCUUUGCAAAAAAUAUUUUCCAACAAUUACUUUUCUUACCAAACAUCGAAGAUUUGCACAUCCUAGUCCCCGGGGUAGACGAUCAGGCAGACAGUUUGAAACAAAUUCGGCUAUUGUCGAAGACUUUUCUAUGCUUUCAUCUUCACUUGGAAUAACAGAUCACGAAUCUAUCGCUGUAAGUGUUGCUCUUGAUUAUAUCUCAGAAUAA